UUCGUAGAGUGAGUGACUGCAAGUACCGAGAAGCGAAAGCAAAGACGAAGAAUUCAGAUUGGAAUUCGUAUGUGAAGCAGAUAUAUCAUUACAAAACUCUAAUUUCUAUAUUGCUUCGACAAACACGAAUCAGCAAAAUGCAAAAAUUGUUUUUGUUUUUUCUAAUUGUAGCCGCAAUAUGGCACCAAGGAUUGGCGUUAACUUGUUAUGAAUGUCUCAACUGCAACACGGUUAGUUCUUCUGACGCGAAAGUUUGUCCCGACACCUCAGGGCUGACAACAAUGUGCAUCAAAGUUGAGGGAAACGUAUUGGGCAUUGGCACAACUUCGCGGAGUUGUGGAUACGGAACGUCAGAAACAUGCAGUACGUCCACCGUAUUGGGGAUUACUGGAACCGUUUGCUACUGUGCCACAGAUUUCUGCAACGGAGCUGAAACCGUCAAAAUCAGCGUCAUGAUCGGAACUCUCAUUGCUGGGAUCUUAGCAAAAAUACUGAUGUAGCCUAGAAGAAAUAUUUUGAUGAAUUUUUAUCUCAGUUAUUUUCGUCAGAAGUGUGUAAAGUGUGAUUUUCUCGAUAAUUACAAUUUAA